UGAAGAAAAACGGAGAAGAAGAAAUGGCGUGAGACUCCCAGAAUGCCAUUGGUUGAACUGUAGCAAACUCGAGUAAACCAACCCACCAACGGGACGGGUCGUUGUGUCGGAAACAUGGCGACUUUCAGUAAAUAUCUGACAGCGAAAAACUCCUCAAUAGCAGGCGGUGUUUUGCUGGUUUUGUACCUGCUGAAACACAGAAGACGGACGCUCAAACGGGACGGUAAAAAAGAAGGCUCCGAUCUAGUACUGAACAAUGAGAAAGAUGGCAAAAAAGACCGUGCAGCAGUGGACAAGGUUUUCUUCCUCCGAGUCUUCCGGAUUGUGCGGAUCAUGGUACCUCGACUUUUCUGCAAGGAGACUGGCUACCUUAUCCUUAUCGCUGCCAUGUUGGUGGCCAGGACCUACUGUGACGUAUGGAUGAUCCAGAACGGCACCAUGAUCGAAAGUGGUAUUAUAGGCAGAGACAUCAAUCUAUUCAAGAAGCACUUUUAUUCCUACAUAUCAGUCAUACCGGGGAUAGCCUUGGUGAACAACUUCCUGAAGUUGGGUCUAUACGAGCUGAAGCUGAGGUUCCGGGAGAGGCUCACUAAGCACUUGUACGACCAGUACCUGGAGGGUUUCACCUACUACAAAAUGGGAAACCUGGACAACCGGAUAGCCAAUGCAGACCAGCUACUGACACAGGAUGUGGAGAAAUUCUGCAACAGUGUGGUGGACCUUUACUCGAACCUCAGCAAGCCUCUGUUGGAUAUCGGUCUGUACAUCUUCAAGCUGACAAGUGCCAUCGGUGCUCAGGGCCCAGCCAUCAUGAUGACCUACCUACUGGUCUCAGGACUGUUCCUGACCAGACUGAGAAGGCCCAUUGGCAAGAUGACUGUCACCGAGCAACGGUACGAGGGAGAGUACCGCUACGUCAACUCUCGCCUCAUCACCAAUAGUGAAGAGAUUGCCUUCUACAAUGGGAACAUGAGGGAAAAACAGACCAUUCACAGCACCUUCAAGAAACUGGUGGACCACUUGCAUAACUUUAUCUUCUUUCGCUUCUCCAUGGGAUUUGUGGACAGCAUAAUUGCCAAGUACCUGGCCACUGUAGUAGGCUACCUGGUGGUCAGCCGGCCAUUCCUAAGCGUGUCACACCCCCGACACCUGCACAGCACACACUCUGAGCUGCUGGAGGACUACUACCAGAGUGGGAGGAUGCUCCUGAGAAUGUCCCAGGCCCUGGGCAGGAUUGUACUGGCUGGCCGAGAGAUGACCCGCCUCUCAGGAUUCACAUCUCGUAUCACUGAACUGAUGAAAGUCCUGAAGGAGCUGAAUGCUGGCAAAUAUGAACGUACCAUGGUCUCCCAGGAGAAGGAAUCAGGCAGUGCCGAGAAACUCGUACUGGUGCCCGGAAGUGGUCAAGUUACCAACAGAGAUAACAUCAUCAAGUUUGACCAUACCCCACUAGCAACACCCAAUGGAGACAUUUUGAUCAGAGAUCUCACAUUUGAGGUGAGGUCUGGCACCAAUGUUCUUGUGUGUGGACCAAACGGCUGUGGAAAGAGCUCUCUGUUCAGAGUGCUCGGAGAGCUGUGGCCUCUGUUUGGAGGACACCUGACAAAACCGGAGAGAGGGAAACUCUUCUAUGUUCCACAGAGGCCCUACAUGACUCUGGGUUCUCUGAGGGACCAAGUCAUUUACCCUGACACCUACGAAGAUCAGAGGAGGAAAGGCAUCUCUGAUCAGGUAUUGAAGGAGUACCUGGACAACGUUCAGCUGGGCCACAUCCUGGAGAGGGAGGGCAACUGGGACACAGUCCAGGACUGGAUGGAUGUCCUCAGUGGAGGGGAGAAGCAGAGGAUGGCUAUGGCCAGACUGUUCUACCACAAGCCCCAGUUUGCCAUUCUGGAUGAGUGCACCAGUGCAGUGAGUGUCGAUGUGGAGGAUUUCAUCUACAGCCACUGCAGGACGGUGGGAAUCUCCUUGUUCACAGUGUCCCAUAGAAAGUCUCUGUGGAAGCACCACGAGUUUUACCUCCACAUGGACGGUAGAGGGAACUACGAGUUCAAACCUAUCACAGAGGAAACGGUGGAGUUUGGCUCGUAACUGAUUGCCGAUGUCAGUCACCAAUGCACUGCUCUGAUAAAAACCAGUCGACUAAUUCUUUGCACUCAAGACAGAAGUUAUAGCUAAAACUAGAACAUAAUGUUUUCAAUCAUUUGUCUCCGUUAUCACCUUGUUUCCUCAAUGUUAUCCGUUAUUUAAAUCACCACCUUAGUCCUGUCUAAUCAUUUAUUUGUUCAGUGCGAUUGUAAAAAGAAAAAACAAAACUAUUUUGUAAUUUAUAUUGCCAACUUCUAGGUUGUUUUACACACACAAGACAUGUUUGAGUGAAGGUAGAAAUAUACCAUACUGUUUUUAUCAUCUCUUAUAACAGUGACAGAGGUUAGCCUGUAGAGAUAAGCUAGGUACCACAGUGAACUAUGGGGCAGCGUGUCCCACUGUCAGCUGUCCUGCACAGAAUAAAACGGAGGGUUGUAUGCACACCGUGAUGCUCCUGGCUGUCCUGUAGCUCAACUCUCCACAGCUGACAGAAGCUAAGAGCGGUGGAGGCCUGUUCUCUUGAUAUCUUAAAAUAACAAUGUGAGUUUUGGCUUUUUUUUUUUUAUUAUUCCAAUUAUAUUAAAUAUAAUUAUUUCCAAGGAAACUGUUAAUCAUCUUCUCACCUCCAAGUAUCAAGCUAUUAUCAUACGAUUACAACCAGGGCUUUACAUUGACACCUGCCAAUCCACGAAAUGCGGGGUACAAAUUAAUUUUGGCAGGUAAGAUUGUAAAGUUACUAGCCAUUUUGGCCGGUGAUGAAUGAAGGGAACAACUCUGUCUGUUUGAAUCGGCUGGCUGCAGAAAUGUUUUCCCACAAGAAAUUUGGGCUGCUUUCUGUGUCUUUGGCUUGGAAAAUCUUUAUCUGGCAACACUGCUUGUAAAACUAAUCCUACAUUUCCCAUGAACACCAUGUCCUGACGUGUCAAUAAACCGUUGGCUACGUGCCUAGCGUACGCGGUAUUCAUUACGAACUACGUUGAAAAGGACAAGACGAACGGAACGACGGCAAACAAAUCAAAGGAGCUGAAAUUCAAGGGAAGUCAGUUAGGAAAAAAACAACGUGGCUAGUGGCAAAUCUCAUUGGCUGGUAACUUUAAAAAUCUACUAGCCGUGUUGGCUGGUGAUCAAAAAAGCUGAUUUAAAGCCCCAGUUACAACAUAGUCCAAAGUUAGUCAUUGGGGCCUAAUUGCUUCCUCCUCUGUCAUUUUAGCUCUGCUCAUUCCUGGCUUUUUUUCUCGAGGCGAAUGCAGUGAAAGCCUAAAGAAGAAUCUAGAAAACAAGUAUGAUAUAUCCAGUAAUAAUUUAAAUCAGUGUUGGGAAAACUGGCUUUAAAUUAAAACUAAAAAGACUUAACAUGAGUCACCAUUGGUUAUCUCGAGAUAAAGUAAUAAUGAAGCUGUGAUCACAUCUGUGAUGUUAAAGGGCCUAAAACAUAAAAGUCAACCACUGCUUGCUGUUCUCAGCUUCUGUAGCUACAGGACAGAACAGUGCUCACUAGAACUGAAUGAACUUUUUCAGAGGCAACUCCAGACCCAGCUGGUUUUGAGGGCUUUUCAAGUGCUGACAUAACAACAUGGCAGCAAGUCUCUUGAGUAAACUGACAGCAACUGACAGCAAUCUGGUGGAAGGGCAGCUGCUUUCUGUCUGACUGAGAGGGAACAGGAACAUCUUAUUCACUCAGGCCUUCAGGCUUCAUUUACAUUGC